AUGGCAAAUAGUAGUUGUUUAUCGCCAAAUGAAUUUUUAUUAAAAGUUCCAGAAUUUUUCAAGAUUGCAAAUGAAAAACAUAAAACGGUACGUCUAACAGCCAAAAGACUCAUAGAACACGAUCCUGUGGAAGGUAAUCUCGAAUUUGAUACUACCAAUUAUCCAGACUAUGAUGUGUCAAAAAAGGCUUCCAAUGUAGUGGUUAGCUCGAGUUCCGACAAAGAAUACUCGUUACUAAUUAGAAUGUCUUACGGUUCGCACGAUAAGAAGGCAAAAUGCUCAACAAUGGUAAAGGCGAAUGAGCUAGAUCAGUUCUGGCAAGAAUACUCAUCUGUAUUCAAGGGAGGUAUGCAAAAUCUGAUCAAGAAGAAGAAGAAAAAAAGUAAGAAUGGUGCUAGCAAGACAGUUAAGAAAAACAAAGUAGCAAAGAAAAAUUGA